CGCACACAUUGAACCGCCUAAAUUUGUAACAACAUGUAGUCUGGAUCGCGACAUUUAUUCUUCAUCAUUUCAACAUUAAUGUAAGAGCCUCAAUCAUCUGAUAUGCUGUCAGAUUUCACUUGCAAGAGUCAAUGGCGUCCGACAAGGUCGACAUGUCCAAGUCUAAUUCCAACAGGCUGCCGCUUCAACAGCCAAGCCUCCCAUGGCGCAUGACAUCUUCCCUUGUAAUGGGACUGACAUCAGCCCUAUCGAGAGGAUAUCUGUAUGGAUUCAACUCGGUUGAAGUCGUGGGUCUGGAUCGAUUUUUAGAUGUUUUAGAUAAGAGGAAAGAUGUUGAGAAACGAGAGAGAGGUCUUAUUACGGUGUCAAAUCAUAUCAGCGUACUUGACGAUCCUAUAAUAUGGGGAGUCUUGCCACUGCGAUAUGCUUUCAACCCUUCUAACCAUAGAUGGGGCCUGGGAGCUCACGAUAUAUGCUUCAAAAACAAAUUCCUCAGCUCUUUCUUCUAUUCCGGCCAAGUAUUACCAACUCAUAGAUUACAAUACUCGCCUCACGGGGGUCUCUUCCAACCCACAAUCCCACAAGCAAUAAGACUUCUUUCCUCUCAGCCAUUCGCCACCACCCCAACCCCAGCAUCCUCUAAGGAGUCCCAAGACGAACUCCCCGACCCGUUCACAUCAGGCGACCUCACAUUCAGCACAAACGGAAUAGACAACUAUACCGCACCAUCAGUCUACACCCAAAACAAACACAGCUGGAUCCACAUCUUCCCCGAAGCAUGCGUGCACCAGCACCCCAAGCUAUUCCUACGGUACUUCAAAUGGGGCAUCUCACGGUUAAUCCUAGAAAGCGAGCCCGCGCCCGACGUCCUACCAAUGUUCAUCGACGGGACCCAACACGCAAUGCCCGAAGACCGUUCUUUCCCUCGCUUUCUCCCGCGCUUCGGAAUUAAAUUCCGCGUCGCCUUUGGUGAACUCCUAGAUCCCGAAGACAAAUUCGGUGAUUUGCGGAAACGGUGGCGAGAGUUAGUUAAUAAAGAGAAGAGAGGGCUGGUUAUGGGCGAGUUGACGGAUGAGUUGAAGUACGGGGAAGAAGCUACGAGGCUGAGGAUUGAGGUCGCGAAGAGGGUCCGUGAUGAGGUGUUGAAGGUUCGUAGGAGUUUGAGGUAUCCGGAUGAGGAACCGCCGGGUUUUGAGCUGGCGGAGACUUGGGCGCGGGAGCCGAAUAAGGAUCGGUUUAGGAGUGAUGUUGAUGAUAGUUUGGUUAAUAAGAGGGAUUGAGAUCUGGUCUUAUACUUAAGCCUGUUAACACGGUAGAGUUUAUGGGCGUAACACAUUCGAAGGAGUUGUUUGUUGAAUAAAAUAAUAUUUAUGUGUCACCUGAAUAUUGCUCUAUUUGCUACCGUAUUGCGGUGGAAAAGAUUCAUAUAACAUCAA